AUGUCUUGGGAAUUGACUGUUCUUGCAUUCCCUGGGACUUUACCAGCACGAUUAAUCACAGCUGGACCUUUAUUUCUCGUCGUGGGAGGCGGGUUCACGAUCCAAGUCUCCCUUCUAUACUCCAUAGCAUGCGAUCUAGCAGACAGCUCAAACAGAGCAUCAGCAUUCUUUGUUAUAGAGUUCGCAGGCCUACUAGGCAACACUUUAGGUCCUGUAAUCGCCUCGAACCUCAUGGAGGCCUCUUCACCAUGGACACCAGCUCUAAUCAGCAUCUUCCUCGCGCCAAUAAGCAUGAUAUCUCUAGUAUUCAUACCAGAGACACACAGCUCAUUGGAAGAAGAAACAUUUCCAAAACAAUACAACUUGGACCCAUACGAUCUCCAACCUCACGCUAUAAAAUCCUACCUAUCACAAUCCUUCCACCUCUUUAACCAAUCUCUCGCAUCUCUUAAAUCCAACUCGAUAAUCAUCGUCCUGGCUACAGGACUCAUCCGCAUGCCUGAAUUCAUUGGCACAUCCCAAUUCUUUGCCCAAUACAUAAGCAAGCGUUUCAACUGGUCUCUCUCGGAAACAGGAUACCUCCUCACUCUCCGCGGAAUAAUCCACAUGAUCGUUCUCCUCCUCGCGCUCCCAAUUCUAUCUACUAUUAUUCUCCGCUGGCAAAGUUCAAACGCGAGGGAUCUAACGCUCGCACGAAUUUCAACAGGUAUGGCUGCCUUGGGAAUGUUCUGGAUGGCUGCUUCAAGCAUAGAUGUUGUUGUUAUGGGACUUGCGAUACAGAGUCUUGGAGCGGGGAUGGGUCCUCUUUGUCGGUCUUUGGCAAAUGGAUAUGUUUCGCCGCAGGAGACUUCGAAUCUUAAUACUUUGAUGGGGAUUUUGCAGACUGGGGGGUCGUUGUUUGGAGGACCGGCGUUGGCUUGGCUGUUUGAUGUUGGGAUGGGGAGAGGCGGGUUGUGGGUUGGACUUCCGUAUUUUGGGUUGACGGGGGCGUUUUUAUUGUGUUUUGUUGGGUUGCUUUUUGUUAAUGCUCCUGCUGGUUUGGGGGAUGAUGAAGAUAAUGACAUACAUUUUAUAUUGUGUGUUGAUAUAUAA